AUGGCGGAUCUUCCGGAAACGCUUCCUUUAGAGAUGGACACUCGCGCGUCGGAGGAGCUGAUGGAGUUCGCGCACAAGGAAGUGACGCGCGAGCGGUACUUGGGCCAGAAGCUCGAAGACAACUCCAUCGCCUUCUUCGUCGUCGCGAUGAUCUGCGGCGCGGAGCAAGACCCGAAGUCCACGCGCCAGGAAGUCACGAAAGAAGUCAUUGAGCUCUUUUCGAGCAGCCUUGGCGACGAAGCGGCAGGUCGGCUCGCAGAGGCCUUCGUGCUGAGCGUCUGGGAGGAAGGGGCGCGCAUUUGCCGGCGUCACGGCCUCCUGAAGGGCCCAGAGCCAAUUCGCGCGCCCCCGGGCGGACGCGUGUCCUCCGCGGUCGUCGCGCCCGCCACCGACGAAGAAGAGAAGCGGAGGCUGGCACGGGCGUCCCGUUUCGGCAACGUCGCCUCCGCAGCUAUCCGUGGGGCCGCGGACGACGCCAGGCACCGCACUGACGGCCCGCUGGAGACCGGCGGGAGACGCGGACGCAACCGCGGGGCCUCCCCGGGCAACGGCUUCCGCGGAGCCUCGCCAGGCGGCCGCAAGGUUCGCGCCGAGGCCGGGGGCGUCGGCGGCAGGCUCAUCGGCGGCGCGGUGAAGGCCGCGCUGGCCGGCGGCGGCGGCGGCGGCGGCGGCGGCAGCGGCGGCGGCGGCGGCGGGCGGGCGCCCCGUGCGGGAGCGCCUCGUGCAGGAGGAGCCAGACCACGGCGACGACGAAGAAAUGCACGACGACGGGCGCCGGAGCCACCGCUCGCGCCGCACGCGGCGGCACCGCUCGCGGUCCCCGUCGGAGGAGAGCGGGGAGCUCGAAAUAGAUCCGGAAAAGGUCCAACAUUUCAUGCAGCGACAGGUGCGUGGCGACGCGGGCGUCGACGCGCGGGCGCGGGCGCGCGGGGCUGCGCCGACGGACUGUGCCGCGGGCGUCCGCCAGCCGGCCGCGCGCGGCCUCCGCCGCUUGUCCAAUCAAGGAAACGUGUUGUCGAAGCAAUUCGUUGA